ACGAAAAGUCAAGUUUUUCUGCUCCCUCCCUGUCCCUGCGCCGCUCUUGUUCUCUCCUUCUGCAGCCACAGUGUUUCUUUAUACCCCCCGUCGCUUUAUUCUUGACCGUCGCCUCCGCAGCAGUCGUGCUCUUCAAGCGUACAAGAGCCAGAUUUUUGUUCAUGCGUGGGGUCGGAUGUAUGUUUGUUGUGCGGAAGAAGAUGAUUAUGAUUGUUAAUCGUUGCAAUCUUGGUUCUUGAAAAGAACUGUUGAUUCUGAUUCAGAAAGAGUAAAGCUAGUGCACUGCUCCGUGGGCUUGCCAGUUUUCACAUUAAUGAGACAAGUCGGGUAGAAAGAAGACGUUUCUGGCCCUUCGCCUGACACCUACUGCUAGGCAGAAAUCACAAAAGAAGCUAAUCCUUAUCCAGUUAAUCAAAAAGAUAUGCUACUGCUAAUCCCCUAUUGGAUUGAAGAGUUAUAAAGGAGUACUUUUCCACCAUAACUCAUAUAGUCCUGCUUAUAAUUUUCCUUCCACAUCUGAAGAUGGCUGAUUCAGGUGAAUCCCAACAACCUGCACCAGUGUGUAAUUUCUUCAAAAAGCCACUGAAGAAUAAGAACAUAAGAAAGAGGACAAUUGAUGAAGAUGAGGAUUCAGAAAGCUUUUUGCUGCACAAUCAGAAAAAAGCUCCAAAAUCUGACAAUAAUAAGCUUUACUUUUCUUCUAAACCUUCCAAGAAGUCCAAGGCUACUGAAGCAAAUGUGGAAUCUGAUAGACCAAUCUUUCAAUUCGAGUCUUCUAAGGAAAUUCAAGUUCAACAUGAUAGUAAGGCAACAGCAACUCUAGAAACUGAGACUGAGUUCUCAAAAGAUGCCCGGGCCAUUCGCGAGAGGGCUCUUAAGCAAGCGGAGGAGGCUUUGAAGGGUAAACAACCAGCCUCUGGGAAUGAAAAGUUGUAUAAAGGAAUUCAUGGCUAUACUGAUCAUAAAGCUGGCUUUAGAAGAGAGCAAACAAUUUCAAGUGAAAAAGCUGGUGGUUCUCAUGGCCCCCUUAGGGCUUCUGCUCAUAUUCGGGUAUCAGCAAGGUUUGAUUAUCAGCCUGACAUAUGUAAGGAUUAUAAAGAAACUGGUUACUGUGGAUAUGGAGAUUCAUGUAAAUUCAUGCAUGAUCGAGGGGAUUAUAAGCCUGGUUGGCAACUAGAGAAAGAAUGGGAAGAGGCAAAUAAGAUAAGGAAGAGAAAUUUGGCUUUGGGAGAGGAUGAGGAUGGUGUAGACGAGAGCGAUGACAAUGAAGAUGAUGAUGAUUCAUUACCAUUUGCAUGUUUCAUUUGCAGAAAGCCUUUUGUAGAUCCUGUUGUGACUAAAUGCAAGCACUACUUUUGCGAACAUUGUGCUUUGAAGCACCAUGUAAAGAACAAGAAGUGUUUUGUGUGCAACCAACCUACGCUCGGUAUCUUCAACACAGCUCAUGAAAUCCGUAAGAAGAUGGCUGAAGAGGGUAAAUGAUGUAUUUCAUAUAUUGUUUAAUCAUUACCUGUUUUAUUUAAUGGAGUAUGUAUAAAUUAAUUAUUUUUCUUAAGGCCAUUGCUACUGUACAUAAUUUCUUUUC